CCUAGCACGAUGAAUGUUUCCUUUAAUGAAGCACGUCUGCUGAAAAUCAAGAAUGACUUGUCGAUUGAUAUGCCUUCCAAAAGUUUUGGAAUGUCUUUGCCUUCAGAAGACCAAGCAAACGUCGUCGUGUACGAUGCGAGGGGCAACAGUCGAAAAUUCCUUAGCGCAGCCGUUGACCUGGAGUCCUGCAUCACCUCGGCUCCCUGUGGUGACGUGGCGCUCAUACCUUACCAGCUCACUUCGCCUCCUCCCAUAGUCCUACUCAAGAACUGCGGCCAGACGAUCACACUUCCGGACCCCGGGGAGUUCGGGGUCUACGUCUUGUCUCAUCCUGGGCUCGGGUGUCGGUAUUUCCCCAACGAGGCUGUGACCGACUGCUCUGUGAAAUUAACGCACACGACGGACCUCACAGCAAAGUUCAAGAUCAUCUUUGACCCGUCGACUGACUUCAAGGGGGACGACGAGUGUGACGGGUACAGUGUUGAGUUUGACACGGACGGGACGGGGAGUGGCGCCAACUUCAACUACUGCACGGACACCACCGGUGUUACAGAGGCAUCUUUCACGGGAGAGCUCACCAUCAUCCUGAAAGGCUCAUCGACUAAUAAGAGGAAGAAAAUUGGAUUCAUCUUCCUCAUCAAACUCGAAGAAGGCGGUCAAGGCGAAUAACAUUAUUUCUUUGUCUUCGACUGUCAAAAAAAACGUGUAGGUGUCAGUUCCGUUAAGUUCUCAUUAUCAGCGUAGGUAUCAUUUCCCCUUAAGUGACACUGCCAUCAGCGUAUGUGUCAGUUCCCCUCAAGUCACUCUGCCAUCAGCGUAGGUAUCAGUUCCCCUUUAGUCACUCUGCCAUCAGCGUAGGUAUAAUUUCCCCUUAAGUGACACUGCCAUCAGCGUAUGUGUCAGUUCCCCUCAAGUCACGUUGCUUUCAGCGUAGGUAUCAGUUCUCCUUAUGUCACGCUGCCAUCAGCGUAUGUGUCAGUUCCCCUCAAGUCACGCUGCCAUCAGCGUAGGUAUCAUUUCCACUUAAGUGACACUGCCAUCAGCGUAUGUGUCAGUUCCCCUCAAGUCACGCUGCUAUUAGCGUAGUUAUCAGUUCCCCUUUAGUCACUCUGCCAUCAGCGUAGGUAUCAGUUCCCCUCAAUUCACCCUAAACGUCAGUUUCUGCCGUAACUUUGCUGGGGUUUCGAGCAAAGUAUUUCCGACUGUCUCGCGUUAUAUCCAAAGAUUUUUUGAUGCUGCUUUGAUGUUUUUUUAGAACGCACUGUGCUCUGAGUGACUU